UGUCUUUUUAAAAGACAAAAAUUUGGUGAAACAGGUCGGGUGAUCUAGAUGGUCAAGCCAUUUACCACAUGAAGAUUCAACAAUUUUACAUUAGACUGGAUCGUCCAGGCCCAGGCAAAGCAAAUGAGCCUCUCAGAUCUCGAAUUCCACCCUCAAAAAACAAAAUAAUUUACUCCAUUAAAUGUUAUUAAUCCCCGUCAGUGAGUAAAUCUAUCUCUUUGCUGCUGAGCUUUGAAAUCAGACCAAAGUUGAACCUUUUUGCAUAUAACAUUAGUCAGCCGCUUCAAUCAAUCACUCUAGACAAAUAUUGGCUGAUUCUCAAUUUCUAUUGGAUGAGGGCGUGCUGAUGCUGACGUCAUUGAACAUCAAUAAGAGCCCAGGCUUAAGUUAUGUGGAAGCGGCCGCGAUUCCGGUGUUAAUACUUUUGGAGGCAAAAUAGCUCUUAAAGCAUCUCCGCUUAGAGCUGAAGCGGCCAUUCCUGACUCAUUCGGAUUGGUUUAGCGCGUCGGUGGGGGUGCUGAAGAGUAUGCAUAAUUAACUGGAACUUUCAGUCGAGUGGAUCCCGAUCAAUUAUUGGGGCGAGAUUUUCGACGAUUUUUCGGCAAUUAGCUGAACAAUGUUCCAAUCGUAUGACGGGCCGUUUCAGCAUUGCGAUACAACAAGUGGUAGUGCAGUGACACCGUUUUCGGUUAAAGACAUUCUGAACAUGAACAUGCAACAGGAGGGCGAACUUUACCCGAAAAAGGAGAACUUUGGGCCCGGCCAACAACAGUUCUGGGACGGACAUUUCUACAGCCUUAGUGAGCCGAAUGCUAACUGUUAUUACAACAGCGACGACACCGUCAACUCAUACAACAAGAGUUGGACUGAUGGGUCUUAUACCGAUGUUAAAGCCCACUUCGACUCCAUUCAGCCCAUCAAUUCAAUAUACAGUGCCAACAUGUACCAUGAUGGUAAUCAGACUGAUUCGACGUAUGCGAAAAUCGACAGUCCUA